CGGCGACCGAUUCUUUCUUCUCUUUCUGCCAAGCUCGGGCAGCAUGACUGUGCGGGGCGGCCACGGCGGCCCCGGCUCCUCUCCGCCGCCUCCCCCUCCUCGGGCCGCCUUGAGCCGGUGAGGAGAGAGAGAAAGCGAGGAGGAAGAGGAGGGGAAGAUGGGGGCCGUCCUGAGGAGCCUCUUGGCUUGCAGCUUCUGCGUCCUCCUGAGAGGGGCCCCCUUGUUGCUUUAUGCAAAUAGACGGGAUUUACGACUGGUGGAUGCUACCAAUGGCAAAGAGAAUGCUACGAUUGUGGUGGGAGGUUUGGAGGAUGCAGCUGCAGUGGACUUUGUUUUUGACCAUGGCUUGAUAUACUGGAGUGAUGUAAGUGAAGAAGCCAUUAAACGAACAGAAUUUAACAAAACCGAGAGCGUACAGAAUGUAGUCGUUUCCGGAUUAUUAUCCCCUGAUGGGCUGGCCUGUGAUUGGUUGGGAGAAAAAUUAUACUGGACAGAUUCUGAAACUAAUCGGAUUGAAGUUUCUAAUUUAGAUGGAACUUUAAGAAAAGUUUUAUUUUGGCAAGAGUUGGAUCAGCCGAGAGCUAUUGCCUUAGAUCCUGCAAAUGGGUUUAUGUAUUGGACUGACUGGGGCGAAGUUCCAAAGAUAGAACGUGCUGGGAUGGAUGGAUCAAGUCGUUACAUCAUAAUAAACACGGACAUUUACUGGCCAAAUGGAUUGACUUUGGAUUAUGAGGAAGAAAAACUUUAUUGGGCAGAUGCGAAACUUAAUUUUAUCCACAAAUCAAAUCUGGAUGGAACUAAUCGACAGGCAGUGGUUAGAGGUUCCCUUCCACAUCCCUUUGCCUUGACGUUGUUUGAAGACACACUAUACUGGACUGACUGGAACACGCAUUCCAUCUUGGCCUGUAAUAAAUACACUGGGGAGGGGUUGCGUGAAGUCCAUUCUAACAUCUUCUCUCCCAUGGAUAUACAUGCUUUUAGCCAACAGAGGCAGCCAAAUGCUACAAACCCAUGUGGAGUUGAUAAUGGUGGUUGCUCCCACUUGUGUCUGAUGUCUCCAGUCAAGCCUUUUUAUCAGUGUGCCUGUCCAACUGGAGUGAAACUCCUUGAGAAUGGGAAAACCUGCAAAGAUGGAGCAACUGAGUUAUUGCUUUUAGCCCGAAGGACAGACUUGAGGCGGAUUUCCUUGGAUACGCCAGACUUUACAGAUAUUGUUCUACAGCUAGAAGACAUCCGCCAUGCAAUUGCCAUAGACUAUGAUCCUUUGGAAGGAUACAUCUACUGGACUGAUGAUGAAGUGAGAGCUAUACGUCGAUCUUUCAUAGAUGGAUCUGGCAGUCAGUUUGUGGUGACAGCUCAAAUUGCUCACCCUGAUGGCAUUGCAGUGGAUUGGGUUGCAAGGAACCUUUAUUGGACAGACACAGGCACUGACCGAAUAGAGGUGACGAGGCUCAAUGGAACUAUGAGAAAGAUUUUGAUUUCAGAGGACUUGGAGGAACCCCGAGCUAUAGUGCUGGACCCAAUGGUUGGGUAUAUGUAUUGGACAGAUUGGGGAGAGAUCCCCAAAAUUGAGCGAGCAGCUUUGGAUGGGUCUGAUCGAGUAGUUUUGGUGAAUACGUCUCUUGGUUGGCCAAAUGGUUUAGCUCUGGAUUAUGAUGAAGAUAAAAUAUACUGGGGAGAUGCCAAAACAGACAAGAUUGAGGUUAUGAAUGCAGAUGGUACUGGAAGAAGAGUGUUGGUAGAAGACAAGAUUCCUCACAUUUUUGGGUUCACCUUGCUUGGAGACUAUGUCUAUUGGACUGACUGGCAAAGACGUAGUAUUGAACGGGUGCACAAACGAAGUGCUGAAAGGGAAAUCAUCAUAGAUCAGCUGCCUGAUCUUAUGGGCCUAAAAGCCACAAAUGUUCAUCGAAUCAUUGGUUCCAACCCAUGUGCUAAUGAAAAUGGGGGAUGUAGCCAUCUUUGCCUUUAUAGGCCUCAGGGACUUCGCUGUGCCUGCCCCAUUGGCUUUGAGCUUAUUAGUGACAUGAAGACUUGCAUCGUUCCAGAAGCUUUCCUCUUGUUUUCUCGACGAGCAGACAUAAGGCGCAUCUCUUUGGAAACAAACAACAACAACGUGGCCAUCCCGCUUACUGGUGUGAAAGAAGCUUCUGCUUUAGAUUUUGAUGUAACAGACAAUCGUAUUUACUGGACCGAUAUUUCUCUGAAGACUAUCAGCAGAGCAUUUAUGAAUGGCAGUUCACUGGAACACGUGGUGGAAUUUGGCUUGGAUUAUCCAGAAGGCAUGGCUGUAGACUGGCUAGGAAAGAAUUUAUACUGGGCAGACACAGGAACAAAUCGUAUCGAAGUAUCGAAGCUGGAUGGGCAACAUCGUCAGGUUCUGGUGUGGAAGGAUCUAGAUAGCCCCAGAGCUCUUGCGUUAGACCCUGCUGAAGGGUUUAUGUAUUGGACUGAGUGGGGUGGAAAACCCAAGAUAGAUAGAGCUGCCAUGGAUGGAAGUGAACGUACUACAUUAGUUCCCAAUGUAGGACGGGCAAAUGGCUUAACUAUUGAUUAUGCUAAAAGAAGACUCUACUGGACAGACCUGGACACCAACUUAAUAGAAUCUUCAAAUAUGCUAGGCCUAAACCGUGAAGUCAUAGCAGAUGACUUGCCUCAUCCUUUUGGCUUGACUCAGUACCAGGAUUACAUAUACUGGACAGACUGGAGCCGACGUAGCAUUGAACGUGCCAAUAAAACCAGUGGCCAAAACCGAACCAUCAUACAGGGUCAUUUGGAUUAUGUGAUGGACAUCCUAGUCUUUCACUCCUCUCGGCAGGCAGGAUGGAAUGAAUGUGCUUCCAGCAAUGGGCACUGUUCCCAUCUCUGCUUGGCUGUGCCAGUUGGUGGUUUUGUUUGUGGAUGUCCAGCCCACUACUCACUGAAUACUGACAACAGAACUUGCAGUGCUCCUACCACCUUCCUGCUCUUCAGUCAGAAGAAUGCCAUCAACCGCAUGGUGAUUGAUGAGCAACAGAGUCCUGAUAUAAUCCUCCCUAUCCACAGCCUACGCAAUGUCCGAGCCAUUGACUAUGACCCUUUGGACAAACAACUUUAUUGGAUUGACUCACGACAAAAUAUGAUCCGGAAGGCACAGGAAGAUGGUAGCCAGGGUCUUACUGUGGUUGUGAGCUCAGUUCCCAAUCAGAAUCUGGACAUGCAGCCCUAUGACCUUAGCAUUGACAUUUAUAGCCGUUACAUCUACUGGACUUGUGAGGCCACUAAUGUCAUUAAUGUAACAAGGCUGGAUGGGAGACCUGUUGGAGUGGUACUCAAAGGAGAACAAGACCGACCUCGAGCCAUCAUGGUAAACCCAGAGAAAGGGUAUAUGUACUUUACCAAUCUUCAAGAAAGGUCUCCAAAAAUUGAGAGGGCUGCUUUGGAUGGAACAGAAAGAGAGGUCCUCUUUUUCAGUGGCUUAAGUAAACCUAUAGCUUUAGCCCUUGACAGCCGCUUGGGCAAACUGUUUUGGGCUGAUUCAGAUCUCCGGCGAAUUGAAAGUAGUGACCUCUCAGGUGCCAAUCGUAUAGUUUUAGAAGACUCCAAUAUUUUACAGCCUGUGGGACUGACUGUGUUUGAAAACUGGCUGUACUGGAUUGAUAGGCAGCAGCAAAUGAUUGAAAAAAUCGACAUGACUGGUCGUGAAGGGCGGACUAAGGUCCAGGCUCGAAUUGCCCAGCUCAGUGACAUUCAUGCUGUAAAGGAGCUAAACCUUCUGGAAUAUAGACAGCAUCCGUGUUCUCAGGAUAAUGGUGGUUGUUCACAUAUUUGUCUUGUGAAAGGAGAUGGUACAACAAGGUGCUCUUGUCCAAUGCAUCUGGUCCUACUUCAGGAUGAACUGUCUUGUGGAGAGCCUCCAACAUGCUCCCCUCAGCAGUUUACAUGUUUCACUGGAGAAAUUGACUGCAUCCCUGUGGCUUGGAGAUGUGAUGGAUUCACUGAAUGUGAAGACCACAGUGAUGAGCUAAAUUGUCCUCUCUGCUCAGAGUCCCAGUUUCAGUGUGCUAGUGGGCAGUGCAUUGAUGGUGUCCUUCGAUGCAAUGGAGAUGCAAAUUGCCAAGACAAGUCAGAUGAGAAGAACUGUGAAGUGCUUUGUUUAAUUGAUCAGUUCCGUUGUACCAAUGGACAGUGCAUUGGAAAGCACAAGAAAUGUGAUAAUAAUGUGGACUGCAGUGACAAGUCAGAUGAGCUAGAUUGUUAUCCAACUGAAGAGCCAACCCCACAGGCCACCAAUACAGUCGGCUCAGUGAUCGGAGUGAUCCUCACUAUUUUUGUGUUUGGAGCCAUGUACUUUAUCUGUCAGAGGGUGUUCUGUCCACGAAUGAAGGGAGAUGGGGAGACAAUGACAAACGACUAUGUAGUUCAUGGACCAGCAUCUGUGCCCCUUGGUUAUGUGCCUCAUCCUAGUUCUCUGUCAGGUUCUCUUCCAGGAAUGUCCCGUGGCAAAUCAAUGAUUAGUUCCCUCAGUAUCAUGGGUGGAAGCAGUGGACCACCUUAUGACAGGGCUCAUGUCACUGGAGCAUCAUCUAGUAGUUCUUCAAGUACAAAGGGCACCUACUUCCCUGGGAUUUUGAACCCUCCACCAUCCCCAGCCACAGAGCGUUCACAUUACACCAUGGAAUUUGGCUAUUCUUCAAACAGUCCUUCUACUCAUAGAUCUUACAGCUACAGACCGUACAGUUACCGCCACUUUGCACCUCCCACCACCCCAUGCAGCACUGAUGUCUGUGACAGCGACUACGCUCCAAGCCGGAGAAUAACUGCCGCAGCCGCAGCCAAGGGCUACACCAGUGACUUAAACUAUGACUCUGAGCCUGUGCCCCCACCUCCCACUCCACGGAGCCAGUACCUGUCAGCCGAAGAAAACUAUGAAAGUUGCCCCCCUUCCCCUUACACAGAGAGGAGCUACUCUCAUCACCUCUACCCACCUCCACCGUCCCCCUGUACAGACUCCUCCUGAGGAGAGCCCCCCCCUCCUCUGACUGCCUCCAGUGUAAAGUGUAAAUACAAAUUGGGUGAGAUCUGGAGGGGGGGGAGGGAGCUGUCAGAGAAAGGUGAGGCAGACUGUGUACAGAUAAGAGUUUUAAAUGGGGUGGGGAAUACUGGAGAUAUUUGUACAGAAGAAAAGGAUAUUUAUAUAUUUUCUUAACAGCAAAGUUGCUGCUUGUGCCAUAAAAAAAAUUUGUAUAAAAUAAA